UGAAGAAGAGGAAUACGAUGAGCCUCCCCGCUGCAAGGCAGGACAAGAUAUUGUGCUGCAGUCACCUGUCGACUGGGUGCUGUUGGAUGGCCGAGAAAGCUCAGAUGACCACGGAAUUGUGCAGUACGAGUGGACGCUGCUGCAAGGUGACUCAUCGGUUGAAAUGAAGGUACCACAGCCAGGAACACUGAAACUGUCUCACGUCCAGGAAGGCGGGUAUAUUUUCCAGCUAACUGUGACAGACACUGCAGGUCAGCGGAGCUCUGACAACGUCUCUGUGACCAUUCUGCCCAUGGUUCAUUCUGCAGUAGCCUGUGUUGGGGUUUGCUCUCGCUACCAGUUUCUGUGUGAUGAUGGCUGCUGCAUUGACAUCACGUUUGCUUGCGAUGGCGUGAGACAGUGCCCUGAUGGAUCGGAUGAAACUUUCUGCCAGAACUUCGGCCCAGGCCGGAAGACGGUGACUCACGUGGCUCUUGGCACUACCCAGCAAAGGACUGUAGGACUGACAGAAAACACAGAUGAAAACUUCUCUGCAGAAAACACUCUGAAAGCCACUGCCAGAAAUCAACCGCUUCUUUCAGUAGAUGCAGACAUCUCUAACCAAUCGCUUUCUCAGGGACUAAAACAAAUCAGUGGAUUUGUGCCAGAUAAUAGUUCCUCAGGGAAAAGAACAGAUGAUAAAAAUGGGAAUGGCAUAAUUGUGCCAAAGAGAGAUCAGUUUGGAGGUGGUCGUCCAGUCCCAGAAACAGGUGCUGUGUUACCCUUAGCCUUAGGCUUGGCCAUCACUGCUUUACUGCUGCUUAUGGUUGCUUGCAGACUGCGUUUAGUGAGACAGAAGCUUAAAAAAGCUCGACCCAUUACAUCUGAAGAGUCUGAUUACCUCAUCAAUGGGAUGUAUCUCUAA